AUGUCCUGGAUGCAACCUGCCCUCCUCACCCUUUUUGCUGUGCUCUUUGCCUUGUCCCAUGGGGCUGACGGUGCAGCUGCUCCCGAUACUCACAUGGACACUAAAGCGGCAAAUCCUCCAGGUGUGUCGAUGGGCUUGUUCAUGCCAGAGGCUGAUGCCUCCAACUUUUUUAAACGACGUGGCAGGAGGUCUGUGAAGUCGCAAGAUGAACUUGAUGCUGAGCAAAGACAGAGGCUGGCCGCAGACAAGCGAAAAAGGGAUUACCAUGAGGAAAAGUUAAAUGAAUUUGAGAGCUAUGCAGAAGAGGAGAAUGAUGAACAAGAUGAGAGGACGCGUGCGAGUACAGAGCAGUGGCGAGAGUUCCACUAUGAUGGCCUUGAUCCUGCUCAAUAAUACAACCGCCAUACAAACUGA